ACUGAACACAGGAGUAUCAGAGGAUCUGUAACUUUCUCUCAGUACAGUGGAAAUUAUUAUCAGUAAAUUAUUAUUAUUUGUGUGUGUUUGUGUGUAAGUUUAGUGUUGUAUUGGAUGAGAGAUUGGAUUAGAUCAGACGGAGGGAUGGCGGGCUUCAGUGCAGUUAUGAAAGCUCUGAUUUUCCUCACAUUUUCUCUCCAUCUUUCAUCAGCAGUCACACACUCCAUGCAGUACAUCUAUACUGGAGUUACACCAGGAGUAAAUUUCCCAGAAUUCACUGCUCUGGGUCAGGUGGAUGGACAGCAGUUUGGUUACUACGACAGUAAGAUCAGGAACUACAUCCCGAAGACGGAGUGGAUACAGAAGGUCAAUGCUGAUGAUCCAGAUUACUGGAACACAAACACACAGACGGAUCAGAGUUGGCAGGAGAGCUUCAAAGUCAAUGUGGAUACACUUAUGCGUCGCUUUAAUCAGACUGCAGGAGUUCACACAGUGCAGUGGAUGUACGGAUGUGAGUGUGAUGAUGACGGCACCACUAGAGGAUACGUGCAGUACGGUUAUGAUGGAGAAGAUUUCCUCAGUCUGGAUCUAAAAACUAAAACCUGGAUCGCUCCGACACCUCAAGCUCUGAUCACCAAGAACAAGUUGGACGCUACAGGAGCUGAGGCUAAUCACUGGAAGAACUAUCUGGAGAACACCUGUAUCGAGUGGUUACAGAAGUACGUGGGUUACGGCAGAGAGACUCUGGAGAGGAAAGUUCCUCCUACAGCGUCAGUGUUCCAGAAACACUCGUCUUCUCCAGAAGUGGUGUGUCACGCUACAGGUUUCUUCCCCAAAACAGUGAUGAUCACCUGGCAGAAGGACGGAGAGGACGUGCAUGAGGACGUGGAGCUCAGAGAGACGUUACCCAACCAGGAUGGAAGCUUCCAGAAGAGAAGCAUUCUGACAGUCUCAGCUGAGGAUCUGCAGAAACACACCUACACCUGCGUGAUUCAGCACAGCAGCUUGGAGAAGGAGAUAGUGCUGCCUGUGAGCGAGCGCCGAAUCCUGAAUCCUGGUGGAGCUCUGAUCGGUAUCAUCGUUGGUGUAGUCGCGGUUCUCCUGGUUCUCGUUGCCGUUGUUGCUGGAAUUGUGGUCUGGAAGAAGAAGAACUCUGGUGAGAGGAGGAAGGAGGCAGAUGUGAAGUUCUCAGAGAACAGAUUUACACUUUCUAAUUCUUGAAAGGGGAUUUGAUGAAUAUUUGACAUAUUUUUAAGCUUUAACUGAUAAAUUAGACGAGACAAUAAGCUGAUAUUGACUAAUUGUCUCGUGAAACCAAACCCAGUCCACAGAUUUU